AUGGGUAACCAACCUAGCGCACCCAAGAUAACGGACCAAGACAGAGCUAUAUUCCAGCUCAAGCAACAGCGGGACAAGAUAAAACAACAUCAGCGUAAACUAUCCAUCAUCUGCAACAAACAAACCGAAUUGGCCAAACGGGCAAUCGCCAAUAAUCAACCACAACGGGCCAAAUUCUACCUACGAUGCAAAAAGAAUCAACAAUCAACAAUCAACAAGACUUUUGAACAAUUGGACAACUUGGAAAAAUUGAUCGGAACGAUAGAGUACAAGUUGAUUGAGAAGGAUGUGAUGUAUGGACUACAACAGGGAAAUCAAGUUUUGAAACAGUUGAACAAUGAGAUGAGUGUGGAGAAGAUUGAUAAGAUUAUGGAUGAUUUGGAGGAGGAGAAGUUGAAAGAGGAAGAGAUUAGUCAGACUUUAGGGUUGGGGUCUGGGUUGAGUCGAGUUGAUGAAGAUGCGAUUGAGCAGGAGUUUGCCAAAUUGGAUCGAGAAAUUCAUCCCGGUGAGAAGAUCAAGGCGAAAGAGAAGAAAGGGGAGGAAGAUGGUAAGGUUGAUUUGCCUGAUGCUCCAACAGAUCGCAUAUUGCCAAAUGCGCCUAGUACAUUGGAGGAUAAUGAAGCACCCGUGGUCGAGAGAGCAAAACUGCCGAAAGCUAAUCAACAAAUUGCAAUAUAG